AUGGUCAGCCUACUUCCAAGUUUCAUUGGUUACAAUGGCUCAUCAACUGACAAGUACAUAUUGCCGACAAUUCGCUCUAACGAUACGACUUAUGAUGGAUCUUUGAAAUUGCACCAAACAAACCCAACAACUUCAAGCUCUUCACGAAAUCAAUUGUCAAAACGAUUUGUGGAGCCUGUGGGUUUGGAGGUAAAGGAAGCUAAUUACAAGAUCAAUAUUCCUGAUUUUUCCAGUUUGCCGCCGUUACAACUAGGCUCCAAGCUUAUCUCCAAUAUAAACAAGAUUGAUUCGAGCAUUCCACACGACAUUUUCUACUCAGAGGGUCUCAGCAAAACUGAGUCAAGUUUGGAUAAUUACUAUUUUGACUAUGAGAAUGGCUUAAAAGAUUUUUCCCGUUUUGAAAAGAUUGAACAGAUUGAUUUACCAGAUAGAUUUUUUGAGCAGCAUAAUGACACUGAGUGUACCACUAAAAUUGGUCUAUUUUCAGAAAUUGAACGCACAUGGAUUGCUGUUGAUAAUAAAUUGUUGCUCUGGAACUAUCGCAUUCCCCAAUCCUCAUUCAAUAAGUCGUCACAAUUCCUCACUAUCGAUCAAAUUCAAAACUCGAUAUUAACUGUCAAAUUGGUGAAACCAAAAGAAGGCGUAUUUUCAAAAGAAAUUAGCCAUUUGCUUCUUGUUGCAACAACAAUCGAUAUUCAAAUAUUUUUGGUUAAGUACGACAAGAGUCUUAACAAUUUGGAAGUUGUGAAUCUCGAUCUUUCUGUCUCAACUCAUGGUUUGGCAGUUGAUAAUUUUGCGGUACAUCCAAAGACUGGCGAUAUAUUCUUUAGUGGAGAGACUGAUGGAGUAAACAUUUGGAGGUUGGACUACUCAAGUAAGUCAACGUUUACCAAAAACAAAUGUGAUAAAGUGUGUUUGACCAAAGCUGGAUUCACAAGCGUUAUCCCAUUCCUGGGAUUUGGAUUUGCUUCGGGGACCUCCAUCACGACAGACUCAACAGCAAAAAACAUCCCGGAGAAAGUGGUUCAGUUGGAGGUAGACGGAAGUAGAGAUAUUUUGUACUCACUUUCGAACAAGUCAGUUAUUCGUGUCUACAAGCUUCAGUCCAAACAAGAUCACCUCACUGAGGGAAGCACUUUAACUCCUAGUCAAAUUUUCAAAUCAGCAUCUGCAAUCUUUGUUGACGCCAGCAACUUCAAGGUGUUUGAACGUUUCAAAAUCAUCAGCAUCCAUCGAAUUUCCCCUGAAGAGUCCACUACUGUGCAGCUAAUUGCAAUCACAAGCAAUGGUUCAAGAAUUUUGUUGAAGUUGGGAUCAACAGCAACAUUCUCCACUUUACUCACCUCCUCGUUGUCUGCAGCACACGCUUUGAAGCUCAAUCUUGUCAAUAUCAAGUUCCCACCCGCGCGAGAAAUACCCACAAUCAACAAUGAACUCGACGCUUUUACGAGAGAUAGGCAAUACAUUUCUCAAGUAAUUGCGAACCAGCAAAAAUCCCAGCUUCUCAAAAACACAAAGAUUGCCAAAGUUAUCAGUCCGGGUGUUUUUCUUUGUGCGAAAAAGACCAAAAAGUCGGAUAAAUUGUUUGUAUCCACUGCCAAUUUCGGAUAUCUCAAAAAGAACAAUAAGCUUGUAGAGGAUGCUGAAUUCGUCAAAUAUACGGCCAACGAGGACGCCCUUUAUACUUACAUUCAGGAUAUUGUCCAGUUAACGCCAUCAAUGAAUGCUACUAAUACACCAAACGGAUAUGCAAACGUAGCAGCAAGCCAGUAUACUAAGGAACCUUUGAGAUUUGCCGUGUUGACCAACUUUGGUCUCAUGAUAUACCAAUUCAAAACCUCGGACCAAAUUUUGAAAAGCUUGACUGAUGAAGUUAUUGAAAACUUCAUCGAGGAAAAUGGAUACGAGGAAACUUGUUCAACGUUGUUGUAUUUGGCAUGUUCUUAUGGACAGUACAGUUCGAACGACAUUUUCCAACGGAAAGCUCAAGUGUUGUUUUCAACUUGUGGGAACAAUGCAAGGUUAACCGAAAGCAGGUUUAUCUCCCAACCAACAAGCUUGAUUCCUCACCAUGCACUGUUGCAGAAUUACACUCCACAUCCCACUGUGGAUCAAGUGAUACUCAGCGACCGGUUGUACGGUACUUGCUUAUUAUUGGGAAGAUUUCUUCGCGACAUUUGGGAUAAGAGGGUGUUUAGUGCAUUGCCCAGUAUCAAAGUGACGCCAACGGGGCAGAUUGAAAUUGCUAGUAUCAAAGACAGCAAGGUUGUUAUCGGAAGUUUGAACAUUGAUAAGAAUCAAAUUGAGUAUUUCAUUGGAACCAUUGUGGUUUUGAUUGAUUUUUUUGUUCAGAAUGAAAGUAACAUUCAAGGAUUGAGUGCUCCCAAUUACAGUUCUGAUCCAAAUCAAUUUGAAAAUGAAGUGUGUUUAAGGGCCGAAAGUAUUGCCUUCACUUCAAUUUUCAAAUCCCUCACUUCCAUGAAGGAAGCAUUCUCAUUCCUCAUGGUCGUUCUUGAGGAACUUCAAGGAAACGAGAACAAUUUCAACACGCUUUUUUCCUUUCUUUCACUUACAAACCAAGCAAAUCUAUUGACAAUUGCAUUCAAGGAUUUGUUGUUGCCUUCAAGGGAUGUCAAGAUAUUGAUUAAAGACCUUUUGUCCUCAAUAAUCAACAGCAGUAUCAGUAGGGGUGGAUCAAUUGAUUUAAUUGCGUCUUCUUUACAAACUCGAUGCGGAUCGUUUUGCUCUACAAACGAUGUUUUCAUAUUCAAGGCUAUAGAAAAUCUUACCAGAGCCAAAAAAAUUGCCGCCAGAGACUCGGAACUAAAAUUAAAGUGUUUGAGAAACGCUGUUCUUUUGUUUGAAGAGGCUUACGACACGUUAACAUUUGAUCACAUCACAAAUGCGGUGGACACAAUGGCAGAUCUUGAAUACUACUCGGGCGCGAUUGGAAUGUUGUUGAGUAUCGCUAAGAAAUUGGGAAAUAACGUUAAACCUUCCAAUUUUGCGUAUAAUCAGGUGGGUGAAAAUUUGGUGCAACGCGGACAAUCAGAGGUCGAGUCAAAGGUUAAGAAACUAUACGAUACUGUUUUUUCCGUUUUGCAAAAGAUUGAUACGAAAGCAUUGAAAGUCGUGGAGUCGAAUAAUCAACUCCUUAUCAACUCCUUUUUGGAAAUCAGAGAUGCAGCUUACGACACGUGCUUUGCUUCCAAAAAUGAACAGUUUCAAUAUGCAUUUUACGAUUGGUUCAUCGAUCAGGGUAUAAGCGAUCGAUUGUUGGAUAUCAAUACACCUUAUAUUUUGCCAUAUUUGGAGAAACGUUCUGAGAGUAGUGUUGUUUUGAGCAAUACAUUGUGGUUGUAUUACGCUAAAAGGGAAAGAUACUAUGAUGCUGCAAAAAUAUUAUACGCCUUGUCAAUAUCUCAAUUCACCCUUGAUUUGACUCAGCGUAUUGAGUACUUGUCGAGAGCAAACGGAUUUUGUAACUGCGUCUGUCCACCAAAUUUGCGACUGGAAAUGAUUCAGCUUUCGUCAACCAUUCAUGAACUUUUCGACGUGGCAAACCUUCAGUUGAGUUUGCUCAACAGAAUUGAAGCUGAUUCCAGAAUCAGUAAGGAAAAUAAGGACCAUGCUGUAGAUUCCUUGAAUUUCAAGAUUUUACCAAUCAGUAACUUGUUCAAUACCUACAUUGACCCAUUGGGAUAUUACGAUUUGUCGCUCUUGGUGUUUAAAAUUGCCGAUUAUAAAAAUAGUGAUGACAUUUUAAAGAGAUGGGAGUUGUUGUUUGACAAGUUGUUCCAUGAAUCGAAAACCUCGAAGGAGCCAUUCUACGCUCUAUUGAGUGAUGAGUUUACUCUUUAUGGGCCCAAGCUAUCCUCCAAUGACAUAGUGUUUCCAAUUGAAGAGCUCGUAAAGUUGGUAAAGAAAAGUCUCACUAAAGCGAUCGAGAUUAAUUCUGUUACUCAAACGCCUCCAAAGGGGUAUUUAUCUGACUUAUUCAGCAAAGCAGGGGUGAGUCGUGAAAGAUUGGAUAUUAUCACAAAUGUCGUAGAUAUAGAUGCUUAA